UCGCCGGCCGGUCAGGUGACUGUGGAGCCGGAGCAGCUGUGCAGCUUCGCUCCUUCUCCAUCACAGUGCUCGGGACUCAGAGCAAGACGCGCAGCGACACGACACGCAGCUCCGGACUGACUCUCGGAGAGUCGAGCGACGCCAGAGGCGCAGCGAAAACCCACCCUUGCAGCCUAGGGACGCAUCCGCGACGGGAGCGCACGAUAUGUGGGACUUUCCGGCUUUCCUGCUGCUCAUCGCGGCUUCCUUGGCUUGGACAGCGGAGGUGCCCACGGAUGGCUCAGUGGGCCUCCUUGCCGAGCCCCAGGUGGCCAUGUUCUGUGGGAAACUCAACAUGCACAUCAAUGUGCAGACAGGCAAGUGGGAGCCAGACCCCAGUGGCACCAAGAGCUGCAUUGGCACCAAGGAGGGCAUCCUGCAGUACUGCCAGGAGGUGUACCCAGAGCUCCAGAUCACCAACGUAGUGGAAGCCAACCAGCCCGUCAGCAUCCAGAACUGGUGCAAGAAAGGCCGCAAGCAGUGCCGCAGCCACCUGCACAUCGUGGUGCCCUACCGCUGCCUGGUGGGGGAGUUUGUGAGCGAUGCUUUACUGGUCCCAGACAAGUGUAAGUUCCUGCACCAAGAGCGUAUGGACAUGUGUGAGAGCCACCUGCACUGGCACACAGUGGCCAAGGAGUCCUGUGGCGAUCGCUCCAUGAACCUCCAUGACUACGGGAUGCUGUUGCCGUGCGGCAUAGACCGUUUCCGCGGCGUCGAGUUUGUGUGCUGCCCCUCGGAGGCGGAGCGGGACGACAGCGCCCAGUUGGAGGAGGACGACUCUGACGUGUGGUGGGGCGGCGCCGACGCGGACUACACCGACAACAGUGAGCCCCAGGAGGCAGGGCCAGGGGAUAGGGAGGAGGCGGAGACCGCCCUAGGGGAGGAUGACGAGGACGUCAACGAUGAAGAGAAUGUAGACGACGAUGAAGAUGACAUCGAGGAGCCCGAGGCCAGUGAACGCACCACCAAUGUCGCCAUGACCACCACCACCACCACAACCACCGAGUCAGUAGAGGAAGUAGUCCGAGAGGUGUGCUCGGAGGAGGCGGAGACGGGCCCGUGCCGCGCCAUGCUGCCGCGCUGGUACUUCGACAGCAGCGAGGGCCGCUGCGCGCAGUUCAUCUACGGGGGCUGCGGCGGCAACCGCAACAACUUCGAGUCGGAGGACUACUGCCUGUCCGUGUGCGGCAGCGUGCUUCCCACUACUGCCCCCAGCCCACCAGAUGCAGUGGACCGUUACCUGGAGACCCCUGGCGAUGAGAACGAACACGCCCACUUCCAGAAGGCCAAAGAGAGCCUGGAGGCCAAACACAGGGAGAGGAUGUCACAGGUGAUGCGGGAGUGGGAGGAGGCUGAGCGACAGGCCAAGAAUCUGCCCAGGGCCGACAAGAAAGCGGUCAUCCAGCAUUUCCAGGAGAAGGUGGAGUCCCUGGAGCAGGAGGCGGCUAGCGAGCGCCAGCAGCUGGUGGAGACGCACAUGGCCCGGGUGGAGGCCCUGCUGAACGACCGGCGCCGGCUGGCCCUGGAGAACUACCUCACCGCCCUGCAGGCCAACCCGCCCAAGCCACGCCACGUGUUCAGCCUGUUGAAGAAGUACGUGCGGGCCGAGCAGAAGGACAGACAGCACACUCUGAAGCACUUCGAGCACGUCCGCAUGGUGGAUCCCAAGAAGGCUGCACAGAUCAGACCCCAGGUGCUGACUCACCUGCGGGUGAUCGAGGAGAGGAUGAACCAGAGCCUGGGGCUGCUGUACAAGGUGCCGGGCAUUGCAGAGGACAUCCAGGAGCAAGUGGACGACCUGGUCCAGAAGGAGCAGGUGGAGGUGGCGGAGCAGCUGUCCUCCCUGCAGAGCGAGGGCCGGGUGAGCUACGGGAACGACGCCCUGAUGCCCUCGCUGUCCAUCAGCACCUCCCCCCUGGACCUGCUGCCCCCCGAGGAAGGGGGCAUCGGGCGCGAGGGCCUGGGCUACAUCCACCCUGCUGGCUUUGGACCUGCCAACACCCAGAACCAGGUCGAGCCUGUUGAUGUCCGUCCUGCCCCCGCUGACAGAGGACUUCCCACACGGCCAGGUACAGCCUGCUCCUGUUUCGCCCCCCCUGCUUAUCAGUUUCCUGUCGCGCUCUCUUGGGCUCAGGGGACACCUGUCCUGUCUCUCUCUCCUGGGAUUAGUGGGCAUCGCUCCUCUCUCUCUCUCUCCCUUUUCUCUUAGACUCAGUGGGUGUCU